AUGGCUACCGAUUCGAAGAUACCGACUCUGGCGGCUUCUUACCAAGAACGUAUACGUCCUUGCAUCGAUCUUGUCGAUUCGCUGAGAAGGAUUGGUUUGGAUAAAGAUGUAGAUCUUCCAGCCGUGGUUGUCAUUGGCGACCAGAGUGUCGGUAAAAGUUCCGUACUUGAAGCGAUAUCGGGGGUUCAGCUUCCUAGAGGCAAUGAAAUUGUGACACGAUGUCCCAUAGAAUUAAGACUAAAAACACUGGAUAACGAUGAAUGGUGUUGCAAAAUACUGUACACAGAUUACUCAAAGGAGCAAGUAAACAAGUACAUUGACAGCCCGGGGGGACUUGCAGCUGCUAUACGUAAAGCACAAGAAGAAAUCACGAAUUCACAGAAAGGCAUCAGUAAAACUUCAAUAACAGUUGAGAUUCAGUCAUCUCACGUACCGAACCUGACUUUGAUUGACUUGCCUGGUAUUGCAAGGGUCCCUCAAGAAGGACAGUCUCGUAAUAUUGCAGAUGAGACGAAAGACUUGAUUAAAAAGUAUAUAAGCAAAGACGAUGCCAUUGUUUUGUGCGUAAUACCUUGUAACGUUGAUAUAGCAACAACGGAAGCAAUCAAGAUGGCACAGGAAGCGGAUCCCACCGGAUCAAGAACACUUGGUGUGCUGACCAAGCCAGAUCUUGUCGACAAAGGAUCGGAGAAUGUCGUGGUGCGUAUAGCUGAAAAUAAAGUGAUCAAUUUGAAGAAAGGAUACACAAUAAUGAAAUGCCGAAGUCAGCGGAACUUGGAAGAUUCUAUGUCACUAGAGAAGGCCAUGGACGAAGAGGAACGGUUCUUCAGAGAACAUAAACACUACAGUGUUCUCUCCAGUCAAGCUGGUUCCCGAUUACUUGCACAUCGCCUAACAACAGAGCUAGUGGAACAAAUAAUGAAAUCGGUUCCCCAGAUACAGCAUGCCAUUAAAGAUAAACUCGAGGACACUAAGCAGCAACUAACAACGUUGGGAGAAGAAGUGCCAAUGAAAGACGUACAACGAAUUGAUUUACUAGUCAGACUGCUGGACAGGUUUCCGGAUGACUUCAAGAACGCCGCCGAAGGUGUUUACAAGAACGCCACUUAUGAUAGAUCAAUGCGAUUACAAACUAUAGUGAUGAAGCUGUAUGACACAUUUGCCGAUGAAUUGGAAUCACUACAACCAUCCAUUCAGACAGUCACUGUGAGGAAGCCGAUACUCGAUAGAAGGAUGGUGUCCCAAAACACAUCUCACAAUGGCAGCAGAGAAAAGAAAAUAUCUUUGAUAGCAAAGCCAGGAAUGCCUUCAUCAUCGAAACGGUCUCCAAUUCUAUCUCCCGAUGUUGAUGAAUGGGAAUCUUUAAACUCAGAUGAUAUUGUUGGCUAUCAAGAAUUCGUUCCACCGCCUAAAUCUGAAUCUAAGUUUUCGUUUUUUCGUCGAAGAAAAACUUCCCCGCAUCGUCAGCAUAUUGAUAAGCAAGGAUCAGGCUUUAAAGAAAGUUCAGAUGGUUCAGACUAUUACUCUCCCAGAGAAAAGGUUUUGAGUCAUCCAGAACCAGAAGACCCCAUGGACGAUAGUGAUGAAGAAUAUGAAACAUUGUUGUGUGAAGAACAGUCUUAUAUGGGCGCGAACGCAUCCAAUGUUCCAUGCAGUGUUUCUCCGGCGCCCACGUCAAGUGAAGAGGGGACGUCACGUGACACCAUCAAUUGGCACUCACAAUUAGGCGAUGAGCACUUAGCAGAGAUCAAAGAGGAGCUUGUUGAACAGAGGGGGUUGGAGCUACCACCGUUUGCCAAAGACAAAAUAAUUUGUGAUAAUCUAAUUCGUCAAACUCUCAAACAAUUUAUACCCCCCGCAGAGAGGUUGCUACAGUCUGUUAACAUGGAAGUGGAAAGGAUUGGACAAAGGCUAGUCCGUGAUACAUACAGUCAGUUUCCAAGACUACAGGCCACAGUGAUGAGUAAGUUCUGCGAUUUGCAAACUAACGCUGUGGCAAAGUCGAAAAAAGCAAUCGAUGACAAAUUUAAAAUGGAGGAUAUGAUCCAUACACGUGAUAGGAUCUACAAAGAUACUGAGAAGCGAAUGUUACACUCGAUGUCAGCGCAGGCUCAGCCUACCACUGGCGACAGUCGACCUGGUAUAAGCAACAGUCCACCAGAUAAUAACUUGGAUAGCCGCUCCCGUGAUUAUGACGAGGAUUAUCAGGCCAAUAAAAUUCUAAGGGCUUUACAGGUGUAUCUUAAAGUUGCUACAACUCGACUGAUGGACGAUAUUCCAUUGAUGAUAACAUUCUAUUUGCUGCAAGAACUAGGAAAUGAUAUCAAGGUGGAAAUGGCAAAGUUCCUGAUCGAGAGAAACAUUGACGAGUUCCUGCGAGAAGAUGCAGCCGUGGAAGAGAGACGACUUUCCCUGGAAGCCAAAAAGGAACGUUUAGACAGAGCCAGUAGAGAACUUGCUAUGUUUAGUACAAUAUAA